AUGGAGGUCGCGGGCGAGAAGACCCAGCUCCUCGUCCUCUCCCAGAACCCCCGAGACGCCGCCGACUGCCACAUCCGCGUGGCGGGCCAGCUGGUGGAAGGGGGAGCCGAGCUGAAGUUACUGGGAGUGACUCUCGACAGGACGCUGGGCUUCGGCGCACACUGUAGGAGCCUCCGCCGGCGCGUCCGACCCCGCACCGCCCAACUACGACGCCUCACCGGCCGCAGCUGGGGACUCAAGGAGCAGCAGUUGCGCGCCGUGGCCAAUGGCUACGUGCGCGGCGCGCUGGAACAUGCGGCUGCUGCCUGGCUGCCGGCAACGUCAAAAACCAACGUGGAACUACUGGACCGGGAGAUGCGCGCCGCGGCCCGAGUGGUCACGGGCUGUAUCCGCUCGGCGCCCCAUCACGGCGUCAUGGCUGAAGCCGGGAUCCUCCCCGUAUCGGCCAGGCGCCCUGCGCUGGCGGCGCGCAUGAUGGCGAAGGCCGCCGCCCUGCCGCCGGAGGACCCCCUGCAUCAGCUCGCCAUGGAUGACCCACCGCGGCGGCUCAAGCUGAUCACCGGCUGGCGGGAGGUGGGCCGAGAAGUCCUGCGGGAGCUGCGGGUAGAGCUGCCAGUCGAGCCCCUGCUACCGAAGAGGCCACCGCCGUGGACACCGAGCGGACCCAUCACAUUCAACGUGGGGAUCGGCGCUCUUCCCGCAGGGGCCGCCAACUCGACCAAGAGGGAGGCGGCGCUGCAGCAUCUCGCGUCCCUGACACAGUGCGCCAUCUGGGCAUGGACCGAUGGCUCAGCGAGCGGUGGAGUGCUCCGAGGAGGGGCUGGCGCCCUGGUCAUCGGAGCGGACGACAGCCGCACCGAGCUUCGGAUCCCGGCGGGCACCCUCUGCUCAAGUUUUAGAGCAGAGAUGGUAGCCCUGCAGAAGACCCUAGAGCACAUCAUCGAGAACGAGAGUGGCACGGAUCCAGUCAUCAUCUGCACGGACUCCAUGUCGGCCGUGGCCGCCCUGAGGGAGGGCCCGUCGGCCCAGCGGUCUGCCCGAGGAGCGACGGUGUGGCAGCUGUUGCGGAAGGCGUCAGCUGGGGACCGACCGGUCACCCUACAGUGGGUACCAUCCCACUGCGGGAUCCCGGGCAACGAGGCCGCCGACACACUGGCGAACGAGGCCGCGGCUCUGGCGCAGGAGGACGUUCCGCUCGACGUGGAGACCAUCUACCGAGCAGCGGUCCGUACCGCAAGAGACCGCGCCGCCAGGGAGAGGCCGUCCUACCCGGACCCGGAACACAAGGCCGCGACCGGCUGGUACCGUGAGCUGAUGGGCACAGGGUACCCACCGCCAAUCUCCAACAUGGACAGGACGAGCGCAAUCGACGUCCACCAGAUCCGAACUGGGCGAUGGAGCGGCUCCGCCCAGUUCCUCCACGAGAUAGGGAGGAACCCGUCCGUGGACUGCCCACAGUGCCGCAGUCUCGGCUGUAUCGCGGCCCGCUGCAGGCUCUGUGGAGAGGAAGCCGACACACCGAGACACAUCCUCCUGACAUGCCCGGGGAUGAUGGGGGUCCGCCUCCGGACCCAGGCCAUCGGCAACAUACUGCCGACCCCAGAGGAGGUUCGGCGCAGCGAUGCAGUGGCGGCCCUGGUGGCCGCCUUCAGGGCCCUCCAGAGCCACUAG